AGAUGGCGUCCGAAGGCGGCGGUUUGCAGGAAGAGGCGCUGCGGCGAAGGGAGCGGCUGAAGGCGCUGAGGGAACGCACCGGGGCGAGCAAGAAGCAAAACGAGAGCGAGGCGCCGCAGGUGAAGCUGCUGAAAGGCAACAGACGGGAGGAGGAAGAGGAGGAGGAGGAAGACGCCCCCAAGCACAAGGAGCUGAAGUUGCGGAAUUACAGCCCGGAAGACGUGGAGCUGAAGGAAAGAGUGGUGCCCAAUGCCAAGCCAGCUUCAGUGGAAGACAAAGUGAAGGAACAAUUGGAGGCAGCUAAGCCAGAGCUGAUCAUCGAAGAAGUGGACCUAGCAAAUCUCGCCCCCAGGAAGCCUGACUGGGACCUGAAGCGGGAUGUUGCCAAAAAACUGGAAAAAUUGGAAAAACGGACCCAGAGGGCCAUCGCCGAGCUGAUCCGAGAGCGGCUGAAAGGCCAGGAGGAAGAGUUGGCCUUGGCCGUCGAUUCGGCCAAGCAGCAGGACAGUGACUCUGAUUGAGGCGCUUUCCAGGAAGAGGUUCAUCAAAAGAAGGAUCUUCCCCCGGGGAAUCCUGGAGACCUUCACGAGAACAUCGCCUCGUGGCGGAUCCGAGCUCCCCGAACCAACAGGGAGGCCCUUCAUCCCCACAAAAAUCACGUUCGUUCGUUGCAAAGAAAACCCCCAGGCUUCCUGCAGACACGCAUCUCGCUCCCCAAAACUGGUGCCUUUCACACGUGGAGAAGAGACGAGAUUCUUGAGUCUCUUGGCUGCCACCUCUCCUUCCUCUUGUAGGACCUGAAGUGACUUUUCAAACGCCACAGUUCGGCUACAAAACCCUGGAAAAUGUCCGCUUGGCAAGACAGGGAUGAUUUGCUCUGGACCGUGCAUUGAUUGCUCUUUGGUGUAACUUGCUAAGCGGGUUUUUGGUUUUUUUUUAUUUUUAUUUGUUCAAAUGUUUCGGGUUUUUUAAUUAUUUCCAAAGUUCAAAUAUAGAUUAAACGGGAGGAGAGGGGGAGCAACAAGCUAAGCACCACCAGGCAGAGAAUAAUAAAAAAAAAAAUUAAAAAUAGAGGUACAACGAAAGAAAAAUGUCAAAUAUAUCAGUCACACGUUGAGGGGACCAACAGUUGUGUUGAAUUUCUCUCUCUCUUUUUUUUAAAGUAGUAUUUUUCAAUCAAGGCCACUUUGAAGAGGUGAGGACCUCUUCAAAGUAAGUGAGGUUGAGAAACACUUUUUAAAAGCAACAAGCAGCCAGAUUUUUUUGGCUUUUCCUCCAAAACCCCAACCUGCAACGUGUGAUAUGUGUGUGUUUGUGUGUGUCUCUGAAAAAGCCAUGUUGUGUUUCCCUGUUGCCUUUUCAACCACAUUUGUGAUGGGAUGAUUGUUUUGAGAAACGAUCCUACUUUUUAUACUUUAAAUAACUCCUACUGCCAUUCAGUUUUCCCACAUAUCAAAUACAGAAGAAAUCUUAUUGAAAGUUGCGUGUGUCGUUCCCAGUUUACAGGAAAGAGAUUAUUUUACAAAUUUCUAGGUUUUUCCUGUCUCUUAUGACCACGAAAAUGUAUGUGGCACACCUUGAUUGGCGCAGAGGUAGUUUGGUCUCUUUUUUUUUUUAAUAUUAAAAUGUUCUCCAAGC